AUGACCGGUACCGCGUUUCAGAACGACUCUGGCAUACAUAGAACCAGGGUCUUGACGACAUUUGGUCUUAUCAAAGAUUUAUCGCAGGCGAUUAUAGUCAAGAUAUGUUAUUUAGAAUGCACCAAAGAACAUCUUUCUUUGACAUCGCUAUCGGAGAAGUUUGAGGAUCCAUCAGUAUUCAAGCGACUAUCCAAUGUGUAUCGAUACUCCGACUUGUUUGUCAAGGUUGAGGUUUUCGACGGUAAGAAUAAUAAUCGGAUUAGUAUUCCUAUACAAACUUCAUACAAAUCGUUUUACAACAAGCGACGAAUAUGGAACCAGUAUCUUGAAUUGGCUAUUAAUUAUAGUCAGGUCAGCGUUGACUCCUAUUUGAAGUUUACCUUGCUCGAGAUUGUUGAUACAAAACCAAUGGUUUUUGGUGUCGGGUACUUGACUUUGUUCAAUAUGGAAUCUGCAACCUUGAGAGCAGGGUCGCAGAAAUUACCUAUAUUCCGUGGGAAAGUUGCAGAUAACACAGUGGCUGAAAAGUUGAACUACGGUAGUUUGGUAGGAUUGACUCAAUUGGAGCAAAAUUUAAUCAAGUACGAAAAUGGCGAGUUUCCCAGAAUACACUGGCUAGAUAAAUUGUCCUUGCCCAAAGUACAAGCAGAACAACAAGUUAAUCGAGACUAUGACUACUACUUAUACGUUGAGUUGCCAAACUUCAAGUUCCCCUUUGUUUACUCUGACAUAACUUAUAACGUCCCUGCUGUGGAGUAUUCAAAUGUUUCAAGCAAAGCAGCAAUGCCACCACCGAGUAAAGUGUUGAACGCAAUAGACAUUCCAGCUUCUUCUUCACCUUCACUGAAUCCAAAAAUAAUGAAGAUCCAUGAUCCCGAUUUUGACAUUACUGCUAAGUAUACAGCAAACUUGAACAACAAUAACAGCAAUAACAUCAACAACAUCAGCAACAUCAAUAACAUCAACAACAUCAACAAUAUGAGUAACAAUGUGCUAGACCCAAUUGAGCUAAAGUUUCACAAAUUGGAAAGAAACAUAAAUAAUAAUUCAAUCAUUGAUAAAGAUUUGAAACCUACGCCACAAUUGAGAGAUGAGUUAUUGAAAAUCUUGAUAAAGCCUUCCAAUGCCGAACUUUCAGAUAACGAAAAGAAUUUGUUAUGGCGGUUUAGAUAUUACUUUAGUAAGAAUAACUCAAAUGACUCCAGCUCAAAAUCGGCUACUUCCAAAUCCUUUUUACCGAAAUUUUUAAAAUCAAUAAAUUGGGAAAACGAUUAUGAGUUGAACCACACAUUUAAGGAGAUUUUACCGUUGUAUUGGAAUGUGGACAAAUUGCAAAUAGGAGAUGCUUUGGAGCUUUUGGACAGUUAUUUCAACCCUCAGAUUUUGGCCAAAACUGCUGCGUAUUCGGAAGACACAAAUGCUUCAAGAAAUGAUUACACACUGAAGGAUGAAGAGUCUAAAUACAAAAAGAUUUUCAAUAAUGUUUCAUAUUUAAGAAAAUUAGCAGUUGAAAGAUUGAAACUAGCUAGCAGUGAAGAGUUGUUGCUUUAUCUUUUACAACUUGUACAAGCAUUGAAACAUGAAGCUUUAAUUUUUGAAGAGUUUUACGGAGAGAACUCAAAUGAAGGGUUGAGUGAAGAGCAGUUUGCCAAGUUGCCCUUGGCUAAUUUCUUAAUUGAAUCUGCCGUGGAAAAUGAAAAUUUGGGUAAUUUUUUUUACUGGUAUGUCAAGGUUGAAAAUGAGGAUAAACUAAGCAGUGGUGUACCGACCAAUGGUUCUGCACCGCCUAAUAUAUUCUCCAAGACUUUAAACAAGUACAUUGGGUUAUUAAAGAUUCACUGUAAUGAACACAAGUUGCCAUAUUAUAAACAUCUCAAACGGCAAAUAUGGUUUAUUAAGAAAUUAACCAGCUUGGUUGAGCUUUUGCGAGUAUCAUUUAAAAAGAAUGAGGCAACGAUUCGAAAAGUUGAUUUUUUGAGAGAGUAUUUAUCAACAUCUUCUAAUGAGUUAUUGAAGUUUCCCGAACCGUUCCCGCUCCCACUAGACCCUUCAAUAAUGAUAUGCGGGUGUUAUCCUCAAGAAUCCUCAGUGUUUAAGUCGUCUUUAGCGCCACUAAAGAUUACUUUAAAAACGAUUGAGAGCAAAAAGGGACAAACUUCGCAAAUUUUUGGUAAAAAGACAACAAAAUACGGCAAAUACCCAUUAAUGUUUAAAAUCGGAGACGAUUUGAGACAAGAUCAAUUAGUUAUUCAAAUAAUUAAUCUAAUGGAUCAAUUGUUGAAGAAUGAAAAUUUAGAUUUGAAGUUGACUCCUUAUAAGAUUUUAGCAACAAGUCCCGUUGCUGGGUUGAUUCAGUUUGUUCCAAAUGAGACCCUUGAUUAUAUUUUAUCGAAUUACACUCAAGUUACUUUAUCAGAAGCUCAAACGAAUAAUAGGGACAACACUCAAGUUGCUGCGCCAGUUACCUCCACUUUUGCUAGUAACGGGAUCCUUAACUAUUUGAAACUACAUAGUCGAGACCAACAACCAAAUGAGCCCGUAUCGAAAAGUGUUUUGCAUUCCAGUGCAACAACAACAACAACAAGAGAUAUUUUAGUACAACAGCCAAAACAAGCUGUUUCUUCAGAUCUAGGAGUAUCUCCAAUAUUAAUGGAUAACUAUGUCAAGUCUUGUGCAGGAUAUUGUGUUAUUACAUAUAUUCUCGGUGUAGGGGAUCGACACUUGGAUAACUUGUUAUUAUCACCUAAUGGGAAAUUUUGGCAUGCUGAUUUUGGAUACAUUCUUGGACGAGACCCCAAACCAUUCCCACCAUUGAUGAAAUUACCAAUACAAGUCAUUGAUGGAAUGGGUGGUUUACAUCAUGAGAACUACAAUAUCUUUAAAAGUUAUUGUUUUAUUACUUAUACAGCAUUGAGAAAGAACAGCAACUUGAUAUUGAACUUGUUUCAAUUGAUGUUGAAGGCCAAUAUUCCCGAUAUACAAGCUGAUCCAUCAAGAGCUAUUGAAAAAGUUCAAGAGAAGUUUUGUUUACAAAUGACAGAAGAGGAAGCUAUAUUGCACUUUCAGAAUCUAAUCAAUGACAGUGUGAGUGCUUUUUUGCCAGUUGUUAUCGACAGGUUGCAUAGUUUGGCUCAAUAUUGGAGAGCAUAA